AUGUAUACCAUCGUCCUGGUCAUACUAUUCUUCGUAGUCUUCAUCCUUUACACGCGAUACAAGAAUAAGGCACCAUCGGGAACAAAAGUCGCGCCCGGACCUGCGGGUCUUCCAGUCAUUGGAAACGCACAUCAAUUGGGCCAACAACCACAUCAGCAAAUUACCGCUUGGGCCCGCGAGUAUGGCGAAGUCUAUAAGAUCCGUUUGGGAUGGAACGACUGGUAUAUGAUAUGCUCGCCGGAUGCGUGUAAAGAGAUUCUAGACAAGCAGUCAGCGCAUACAAGCUCCCGAGCACCAUUGCCGGUAUCCGGGGAUGCACUAGGCGGCGGAAUGAGGUUCCUGUUCAUGGAGUACGGUCCAGAAUGGAGGAAGCUAAGAGGCAUCAGCCAUAAGCUGUUGACACCAGCUGUAAGUGCGACGUUUAAACCAAGUCAGGAGUUCGAGGCGAAGAUGUUGCUUGAAGAGAUAUUGAAGGGUGCGGACCCAGGGAAAGGAAAUGAAGUGAGUUACAAAGCGAUCAGACGAUAUACUGUAAGCGUUAUCAUGACGAGCACAUAUGGGAGAAGGAUACCGGAAUGGGACUGCGAUGAAGUUCACGGCAUCUACGAUAUCAUGAACGAUUUCUCUACAAUGGCAAAACCAGGUACCUACUUGGCAGACACGCUUCCGUUCCUCGGUAACCUUCCACCACGACUACAAUGGUGGCGUAAAGGAGUGAAACCAUAUUUUGAUAAGCAAGCGAAUCUAUGGAUGUCCUUUUGGAGUACUCUUAAAACUCAGAUGGAGACCAAACAAGCCCCAGAAUGUUUCGUAAAGCAAUUCAUCGAGAGCGACUAUGAAAAGCAGGGUAUCAGUGAGUUACAGGCAGCAUUCUUGGCUGGCAGCAUGAUCGAAGCUGGAAGCGAGACGACGUCGGCGGCGCUCAAUACGGCCGUUCUGUACCUCAGCGCAAACCCACUUGCACGACAAAGAGCAGUCGAGGAAAUAAGAGGAAUUACCUCGUCCUCUCGAUCCCCAACGUUCGAGGAUGAGUCAAGACUUCCCUACAUCCGCGCCAUCGUCAAGGAAACCCUACGUCUACGCCCCGUCACAAACAUUGGUACGCCACACUAUACUACCGCGCCCAUAACCUACAAAGGCAUUCACAUACCUGCCAAGUCAGUCGUGUGUCUCCAACAAUACCCGAUUCACUACAAUCCAGAUCAUUUUGCGGAUCCCCAACUUUUUAAUCCGGAGAGAUACAUCAAUUACCCCCGUGGCAGCGGACACUACGCAGCUGGCCCAGCUGCGAGUCGCGAUCACUGGGCUUUUGGUGCGGGCCGCAGGAUCUGCUCGGGUGUGCAUCUAGCUGAGAAUAGUAUGUUCAUCGUAUUGGCGAAGCUACUAUGGGCUUUCGACAUUUUGCCGCCGCUUGAUCAACAGGGGAAUGAGCUGCAGGUAGAUACUAGCGAUGGAGCGUUUGACGCUGUCGGAAGCACUACGAUGGCGAAGCCGUACCGGGUGAGAUGGAAGGUGCGAAGUAAGGAUAUCGAAGACACGAUCAUAAGAGAGGCAGCCGAAGCUAAGAGAGACGGCUAUGUUCUAAGAGGCGUGCGUGUUGGUGAGGAAGGUGUUGAGUAUUAA